AUGAUAUCAAGAAUACACCUCCUCCUGCUCCUCCUCCUCAUCUACUCAGGUUACACAACCGCAUCAUGGCUCCUCAACUUCCCGGUAGGCUGGAACGAAGAGUCAACAGCAUCCCAACCCUCACAUAUCCAUUCCAUAACCGCACUCUACGAAUGUACCGUCUUCAACUCCAACCGCUGGAGCCUACCGCUCGAAGCCACAACAAUCUAUAACACACCCGGAACAUUCACCACAAACGCAAUAGCAUACUACCGUAACACCAAAUGUAAAGACGACGGACUAGAUUACAUCAUCCUCCUCAACCCGGAAAACUCUCAGGGUGUUAACAUCAUUGAUUUAAAACUCGACGGAUUAACCGUCGGCGGUACGCCUACUUCUUUCCAAGCGGUUGAGUUUAUGCAUUACGCUCAAGUAAUAAAUUACUGGACCGGGGAACUACCGGUUGGAGGAUCUGUGUUUGUGUUUGGAGCCAGAGGGGCUAUUAAAGCUUGGAGUUCUGAACGGGGGGUUGUGAAGAAUGUGGAUUUGGGGAGGUAUACUACUUCUAAGGGGGUGGAGGGGAUUGAAAAGGAUUUGAAGGAGAUGGCGUUGGUUUUGGGGAUGGUUACUGAGAAGGUUUUGAGUGAGGAUACGGGGAGGGCGGAGAAGCUUAAGGGGUUUGUGCAGAAGAAGUUGGGGGGUCAGACUGCUGGGAGUAAUUUACCGGAGAUGGUGGAGAAGGUGAGGAGGUAUGAGGAGGGUUUGAAGGGGAAUGGGUAUGCUGGGAUGCAUAUGGGGCAAGGGUAUAAUUCUAAUUUUGGGGUUGGAGGAGGUAUGAACCGGGGAUUUCAAGGACAAGUUAAUACGGGAAUGGGUGGUGGAACUAUGGGACCGCCGAAUAUGCAGCCGAAUAGAGGGUUUAGUACUCCUCAGGAACUAGCGAAUCGACCGAUUGAUUUUUAUAAAUUAGCCAGUGAGUGUUUAAAGGCGGAUAAAAACAGACUUUUGUGGAUUCAAUGGUACUGGGCGGAAUCUAGACUUCAAGCGAGAACUUUUAAGGCAGCGCUGGAUAUCUUGGGGAGGUUUGAACGUGGUGGUGUGGAAGCUGUAAGCAAGUUUAUUGAGGAGGAGAGGGUAGUACAACAGCGGAGGGAGGCGAUUGAGAAUUUGAUUAGGAUGUCGAUGCAGAGUCAGAGGAAUAUGGCGGGUCAACGGCAACAGACUGGGAAUAUGAAUGCCAAUCCUGGGGGGAAUAUGGGACAAGGAAAUUCCAAUCCUGGGGGGAAUUCUGAAGCGCAGCCGGCUGAAAUAUUAAACCCUCAGGAACAGGCGCAAGUACCAGUACAAGAUCCCCAAAAUCCACCCGGCGGUUCAGCACAACAACCGAACAUGGAACAAGACGACGAAGUCAUAAUUCUAGACUCAAGACCAUCAAACUUCCAAACACCACACUCCCUCCCAGAAUUCUCCCGACAAAGCUUACCUUUCGACAAAAACUUCUUUGCCAACCAACUACCUAGUUUUAACACACUCGCCGGUAAAUCCGGGCUAACAAGUUUUAACCAACUUAGUCCAGGACCGUUAGCUAUGAAUAAGAAACAGGCAAAUGACUUUGUAACCACCAAUCUUAAUCUUCCGAUGGAGAGCCCGGCGGAUUCAAUUGCGGAGAUGUUGAGGAGAUCGGGGUGGACGGGUGGUGAUACUCCGUCUAUGACUUCUGAGUUCCUUGAUCCGGUGUUUCAAGCUGAGAGUCAGGAUUCCCCGGUGAUUGAAGAUAUUGGGUCGAGAAAGGAAACUCCAAAGAAGAAAUUCAACAGUUGGGCUUAA